AUGUCGUUUGCCAAGAGCUUCUACGCUGACCAAAAGAAGGUGGAGCAGCCACAACAAGCUGCCUCCCCAAUCACCGCUUCCGCCAUCCCAGCGACCACUCCGAUCGCAGAGGAUCCGUUGACUCCUGCUCAAAUCCAGGAGGCCAUUCGCAUCUACCGUUCGGUGCUCUCCAACUCUGCUCCAUCUUCUCCGGUUCGUGCUCCGGCUCCACCGGUUCAAGAGAGACCACAAGUUCACUCGAACUACUAUGGAGGUGGACCAACUGACAUUCCUCAAUCGUACUUGCUCAACUACUCGACUGCUAGAGGACAACAGACUCCUGUCUCGGCUCCAGUCACCCAAGUUCCGGAGCAACAUUUCACGGAGCAACAAUUGAUUGCUCAACUUCAAGCUCUUCAACUCCAGCAACAGCAACAACAGGAGCCAACGUACGCGGCACCACCACCACCGGUCCAACAACAAAAAGUUACUCCGAAAAGAGCUCCUGUUCUUCAGAAAAUGUACGACGACGAGGAGUCAGGCUACUGCUUUGCUCGUGUCAAGCAAGAAGACAAUGAGGUUGCCGAUGAGGUUCCGGAGGCGCAUGUUGCCACACCAACGUCUGCUCCGCAAGCCAAUUACUCGGCUCCACAGGCUAAUUACUCGGCUCCGCAAGUCAACUACUCACCGGCUCCGGUUUCCAACAACUACUCGAGAGGCGUUUCUGGGCCAUCGGAAUACAUUGGAAUGUCGAACGACAGCAAGUUCAUCUACGAUGCCCAAAAAGCUCUCCCGGCCUACAACCAGAACAACACGUACACCCUCGUCAACGCAACUCCAGUCGCUCCGGUAAUGAUUCAUCGUCAAGAAGAAUCUGAUGAUCAAGGAAUGACUACAACUGAAGACGUCACUCAAGUCCCAGCGUCGCCAGCUGUCUUGUCGAGAUUCAGAGGAUUGAUCAGAAAUGCUCAAACUCCAACCAAGUCGGUUGCUCCAAUUGUCGUUGAACGUAUCGCUGAGCCACCAGUCCAUCAACAAGUCACUCCAUCUCACAACUACAAUAACUAUGGAGCAUUCCAGCCGAUUAAUCAAAUGUCGAUGGAGUCGGAGUACCAGUUGCCAGUUCUCAAUGAUUUGGCUUCGUGUAUCGAGCAUUAUUGA